AUGGAGCUUGCCUCUCGCAACCUGAGCAGCUUCUUUGUGGGGGCCUUGAAACGCAAGGCCGUUGAGGUGAGUGAGAAGCGGCUAAGCCCAGAGGACCGGGCUCGCCUCCAGGAGGCCAAACAAGUGGAGGUGAAAAACAUUAUCGCCGCCAAGGCCUUCGAGGUUUUUCCGCCGGAACUCAGGUGCGUGACGAUGGGGGGGGUCAAGCCUAAGGCACGCGCAGUGCUCUUAGGCUACCAAGACUUCAGCUACGAACAUAGAAUGACUACAGCUCCAGUGAUGACUCGCCAGACCCGUCAACUGAUGUUGCAAUUAGCAGCAAACAAGAAAUGGAGACUGAUGAAGGGAGAUGUGAGCGGGGCUUUCUUGCAAGGCAGGGAAUACCCUUCGGAGCUCUUUUGCAUCCCGUGCGACGAGAUCUGCCAGGCCAUGAACAUAGCUGCAGGGACAGUGACCCGCUUGAAAAGAGCCUGCUACGGAUUGGUGGAUGCGCCAUUGGAAUGGUACAAGACAGUAGCAGAGUUCCUGGAAAGCCUCGGCUUGGAGCGGUUGUGGUCAGACUCUUGUGCGUGGGUGUUGCGCAAAGAGGGUCAGGUGAGAGGGAUGAUUUCAGGGCAUGUGGAUGAUUUCAUGUUUGCAGGCGGGGAUUCCGAUGUUGAGUGGCAGGGUAUCUUGAAGCGCAUUCAAGAGAAAUUCAAAUGGGGUGACUGGGAUAAGGACUCUUUUGUUCAAUGUGGAGUUCAGAUUGAGACUUGUCCACAGGGCUUCAAGUUGUCACAACCCAAGUACGUGGAUGGCAUUGAAGCCAUACACCUGAGCGACCACGCUAUGCUUAUCACACGCCAGGAUUCCGAGAUGCACUUCUACGCGUGGGUAGAUGCAGCUGAUCGCAAUAGGAUUGACCGUGCAUGCAGGAGUCCCGGGGCCGCCGAAUCGGCGGCAGCAGUCAAUGGCGAAGACGCGCUCUAUUACGUGAGGUACCAGUGGAGCGAGAUGAUCUACGGACAGGUGGAUCUUCGACGGCCGGACACCGUGGUGUCCAGAGUCCCCGGCUGUGUGGUCACAGAUUCACGCAAUGUCUACGACAAGCUCACCACGGCCAUGAUGAGCAUCAACGGCGCCGAGAAGAGGUCGAACAUCGAGCUCCUCAGCUUGAAGGCCUCCCAGCAGACGACUGGAGUAAUCAUCCGGUGGGUGCAUUCAGAAGCACAGCUUGCCAAUGCCCUGACGAAGUCUCAGGAACAUCGGGAACUCGAGCUCUACUACCGUAUGCAACAUCAGUGGCGAAUUGUGGAAGAUGAUGCUAUGCGUUCCGCCCGAAAGCGCAAGGCUGAAGGACUUCAGCCGCUACAGCAGGGCACAAGUGCGGAGAAGUAA